GUCUGCGCGUGCGCACUCUCUUCGGUAGGCUCCGGAGGACACGCGCGACCCGGAAGACUUUCCUGCCACACUCCAGAACUAGCGUGAGGGGCGUCGAUGGCGGAGAGUGCAGAGGCGGCAGCCAAGAACGGUGGUGGCGGCGACUCCGGGGUCGGCACGUGCGAACGGGGGGUGGCGCCCAUUAAAGCUCAGUACCGCACGACUAAAGAACGGUUCCACGGAUACCUGGACCCAGACAAGCAGGAGGAUGUAUGGCAGGAAACGCCUAUAGGAGACCCUGGUGGCAGUGAUCCAGCCGAGCCCCAGGCCAAGAGGAGCCGCCUGGAAGAUGGGCAGGAGAAUGGGAAGACAGAGGUGGCAGUUGAGGCUCCCGAACGGCAGGUGCCCAAGAGGGCCCGUGGCCAGAACAAAAGCCGUCCCCAUGUGAAGCCAGCCCACUAUGAUAAGGAGAGGCUAUGCCCCUCCCUCCUCCAGGAGUCAGCCACUCCAUGUGCAUUUGGAGACCGGUGCCGCUUCCUGCACGAUGUGGGGCGCUACCUGGAGACCAAACCAGCAGACCUGGGCCCCAGCUGCGUGCUCUUCGACACCUUUGGCCGGUGCCCUUACGGCGUCACCUGUCGCUUUGCUGGGGCACACCUGGGGCUGGAGGGUCAGAACCUGGUGCGGGAGGAGGUGGUGGCCCGCUGUGCGCACCUCCCUCCCGUGCGCAACAGCCUGGACAGAGCCCUGCAGCAGCAGCUGCGCAAACGCCAGGUGUGCUUCGAGCGAGCUGAGCGGGCCCUGCGCCACCUUACCCAGGGCCCCGUGCCCACAGUUGUCCCCGAGACCACUGUGGCCACAGUGACCCCAGAGCACAACAGCUGCCACGCCCAGCUGGACCCUGUAGGAGGGGCCGGCACCCCGAAUGGCAGCCCAGUGGCCACCUGUGGCCCCUUGACAGAUGAGGAUGUCAUCCGGCUGCGGCCCUGUGAGAAGAAGCGGCUAGACAUCGGUGGGAAGCUGUACCUGGCUCCGCUAACCACGUGUGGGAACCUCCCCUUUCGCCGCAUCUGCAAGCGCUUUGGCGCAGACGUGACCUGCGGUGAGAUGGCGGUGUGCACGAACCUGCUCCAAGGACAGAUGUCCGAGUGGGCCUUGCUCAAGCGCCACCCCUGUGAGGACAUCUUCGGGGUGCAGCUGGAGGGCGCCUUCCCCGACACCAUGACCAGAUGCGCUGAGCUCCUGAAUCGCACCAUUGACGUGGACUUCGUGGACAUCAAUGUGGGCUGCCCCAUCGACCUUGUCUACAAGAAGGGUGGCGGCUGCGCGCUCAUGAAUCGCUCGGCCAAGUUCCAGCAGAUUGUGCGGGGUGUGAAUGAGGUGCUGGACGUGCCGUUGACCGUGAAGAUGCGCACGGGUGUCCAGGAGCGUGUGAGCUUGGCACAUCGCCUGCUACCCGAGCUGCGGGACUGGGGUGUCGCACUCGUUACGCUCCAUGGCCGUUCCCGGGAACAGCGCUACACCAGGCUGGCUGACUGGCCGUACAUCGAGCAGUGUGCCAAGGUGGCCAGCCCCAUGCCCCUGUUUGGAAACGGAGACAUCCUUUCGUUUGAGGAUGCCAACUGUGCCAUGAAGACAGGCGUGGCAGGGGUCAUGAUUGCCCGUGGCGCCUUGCUCAAGCCCUGGCUAUUCACAGAGAUCAAAGAACAGAGACACUGGGACAUCUCCUCCUCUGAGCGCCUGGACAUCUUGAGGGACUUCACACACUAUGGGUUGGAACACUGGGGCUCCGACACACAGGGCGUGGAGCGGACACGGCGCUUCCUUCUCGAGUGGCUCUCCUUUCUUUGCAGGUAUGUGCCUGUGGGCCUGCUCGAGAGGCUCCCACAGAGGAUCAACGAGAGGCCGCCCUACUACCUAGGCCGAGACCACCUGGAGACGCUCAUGGCCAGCCAGCAGGCCGCAGACUGGGUUCGCAUCAGUGAGAUGCUGCUUGGACCAGUUCCACCUGGCUUUGUCUUCCUGCCAAAGCACAAAGCCAAUGCUUACAAGUAGCCAAGGGAGACAAUAAAUUUUAUUCUUCUACAA